GCACGCCGUCGCCACCGACAGCUCUCUCAAGCUACACCAUGGCCAUCCUCAGCAGAUUGAUCGUCGCCGCCCUGGCGCUGUCGCCGGCGUCCGGCUUCGUCGGCCCGGCGUCGGUCCGCGCGCCGUCGGCGCUGAACGCGGCGACGAUCUCCGCCAAGGAGGUGCAGAAGCUGCGCAAGGACUCCGGCGCGGGCAUGAUGGACUGCAAGAAGGCGCUCGUCGAGGCCGACGGCGACUUCGAGGCGGCGUCGGAGUGGCUCCGCGUCAAGGGCCUCGCGUCCGCCGCGAAGAAGGGCGAGCGCGCGACGAAGGAGGGCCUCGUCGAGACGUACGUGCACACGGGCGGCAAGCUCGGCGUCAUGGUCGAGGUCAACUGCGAGACGGACUUCGUGUCCAAGGGCGAGAAGUUCCACGAGCUCGCCAAGAUGCUCGCCAUGCAGAUCGCCGCGUGCCCGGCCGUCGAGUACGUCAAGCCCGAGGACAUCCCCGAGUCCGCGCGCGACGCCGAGCGCGCCAUCGAGAUGAAGAACGAGGACCUCGAGGGCAAGCCCGAGGAGAUCAAGGUCAAGAUGGUCGAGGGCCGCGUCAACAAGAUGUUCAAGGAGAAGAUCCUCCUCGAGCAGGCCUACAUCAAGGACCCGCAGAUGACCGUCGCGGACUUCGUCGCGUCCUACGUCGCCGUCCUCGGCGAGAACAUCCAGGUCACGCGCUUCACCAAGUUCAACCUCGGCGAGACGGGCGGCGACGACGACGAGGAGUAGGCGACCAAGCCCCGACCCGCCCCCGACUAAAACCGC